AUAGUAGUUCAUUCGUUCCGUAAUACUAUCCAUUGCUGGUUACGUUCCUCACCUUUUAAAACUCACGUUCAGUUAGUACUUAAUCUAGGUCUACCUCAGCCCCUAACAAUAAGAGAGAAGAUAAGAUAAGGAGAAUGAAAAAGCCCUAAGAGAGAUAAUGAUAUCAUCAUAGGAGCAACUAGAGAAACGGAGAAGAGAAAGAAUGUAUAUAGGAAAUAUAGUAAAGAAAAGGAGUUACGAAUUAACAAGAGGGGAAGACUUAAAGAAAAAUCGGAGCUGAAUAAAUAAAAAUGAACAUUCGAAAGUUAACAUCAAAAAAAUUGCAUCGUAUUGUUAGUUCUUAUGCACAUGACCAUUUGAUAGAAUGCCCUGUAAUUGCUAACACAGAAAUAGGGAAAGCGGGAAAAAACAUUAGCGGCGAUAUAGAAUGGAAUCAGGCAGUUCCCUAUCAAAUGUUACCAGGCCCAAAACCGCUACCUUUAUUAGGAAAUAAUUGGAGAUUUAUUCCGUUUAUAGGUGAUUUUCAAAUAGAGCACAUCGAUAAGGUGUCCAAAAGAUUAUAUCAAAAGUAUGGGAAGAUAGUUAAAAUGGAAGGAUUACUUGGAAGACCAGACAUGUUGUUUCUGUUUGAUCCCAAUGAUAUUGAAAAAGUUUUUCGUCAGGAGGAUUUAAUGCCAUUAAGACCUUCAAUGCCAUCGUUAAAUUAUUACAAACAUGUUUAUAGGAAGGAAUUCUUCAACGGAAAUGCUGGUGUUAUUGCAGUCCAUGGAGAAGAUUGGCAAAACUUUCGAUCUAAGGUUAAUCAAAUCAUGUUGCAACCUCGUUCCGCUAAAAUGUACAUGAAACCGAUCAAAAGUACGGCGGAAUCUUUAAUCAGAAGGAUCCGAAGAAUUCGAGAUGAAAAUGCAGAAGUGCCGGAGGAUUUUCUUAACGAGUUGCACAAAUGGUCGCUAGAGUGUAAAUGUCUUUUAAUAUUCAUCCAUUUUAAUCAAAAUUCUUCAACAUUACGGAAAUAUUUCAAUUAUAAUUUCAGAACCACAAUGCAUCACAUUUCAAGGGCAAUAGAAAAUUUAGACAAGGGAAAAGACCAUAGCCACCCUUCAGUGUUACAAAAGGUUCUUUUGGAAAAUGACCCCAAAACUGCUACUGUUUUGGCUUUAGACAUGUUUUUAGUCGGCAUUGAUACCACUUCGAAUGCCUUAGCUUCGAUUCUUUACCAACUUGCUAUCCAUCCAGAUAAGCAAGAAAUCCUACACGAGGAAAUAUUACGUUUACUGCCCAGUGGAAAUACCACAACGUUCACAAAUGCGAAGCUAGAACAGAUGACCUACUUGAAAGCGUGCAUUAAGGAAACUAUGAGGAUGUACCCCGUCGUAAUUGGUAAUGGAAGAUGUACAAGUAAAGAUUGCGUAAUAGGGGGAUAUCAAAUACCAAAAGGGGUUCAAGUAGUUUUUCAGCACUACGUUGUUAGUAAUUUAGAUGAUUAUUUUCCAAAAAGCAGCGAAUUUCUUCCAGAAAGGUGGCUAAAAUCCAACAAGGAUAAAUCAGCUAGUGAAAAUCAUCAUCCUUUUGCUUCAUUACCCUUUGGUUAUGGGAGAAGGAUGUGUCUUGGCAGAAGAUUUGCUGAGCUAGAACUGCAAGUAGCAGUUGCAAAGAUAAUACAGGCUUUCCACAUCGAAUACAAUUACGAGAAACUAGAUUACCAUAUCCAUCCCAUGUAUACGCCAAAUGGUCCCCUUAAACUUAAAUUUGUGGAUCGAUAGAGAAAUAUAAAAUACAGUAUUAAAUUUUGUAAAGAUUUAUUUAUAUACUAUUGUUCAAAAACAGCGGCUUUCAACAAAAAUUACAAAUGGUAUUUAUUCAAUAUGUUGUGGUAACAUAUUCAUUAUGUUAAUUUUAAUAAAAUCACAGAGAUUUUAUUUUCACAUUGUGUAACUUUU